AUGCUUGCCCCACGUGCGACGACGGAGCCAGAGAGGCCCAAUCUUGACACCAACGAAAUCAAGCAAUGGCGCUCCAUAGUCACCCUCAUUGUCUUUGUUCUGACAAACAUUAAUGUCUUGUUCCCUUUCCAUAUACCCAUCUACAUACCGCGGCCUAUCUGGACUCUAUGCCUUGACACUGUUAGUGCAAUGCGCAUCAUACCGCCACCCCAACAUCCAACCAGAGUGCGGAAUGGCCGACCCGGUGCCUUUGUGCGAUUCGACUUUCCCAUGAAUUUCAUCACUGCUCCUCUGAUAGCUGAUCUCUUCCUGCUCGCCAUCCUUGCUAUUGGAAAAAAAGAAGUACGUGGUGGCACUGUGGGUGACCAAGGCAUCGUCCCCUACGACAUCAUGCUCUUCUUCCUCUCGCUCGCCUACAUCGCCAUUUCUGUCGAUGCCUCUGGUUUGAUCAGAUGGUUGGCUUUUAAGGUUUUGCAGAAAGGAGGAAAAGUAGGUCACAGGCUGUUUUUUUAUCUGUACGCCUUCUUCUUUGGACUGACAGCUCUCAUCGGCAAUGAUCCUAUCAUCUUGUCAGGCACUGCUUUCUUGUCUUACAUGACUCGUGUGUCAAGUAACAUCAAGCAUCCAAGAGCAUGGAUCUUCACCCAGUUCUCCGUGGCCAACAUCGCAUCCGCAAUUCUCGUCUCUUCUAAUCCCACCAACCUUGUCCUCGCGGGAGCUUUCAAAAUCACCUUUAUCAAGUACACUGCAAACGUCAUUGUUCCGGUCCUUGUGACAGGCAUUGUCCUGUAUCCGUUUCUGCUGUACAUCAUCUUCCAUGACGAAUCUCUCAUCCCGCCUGCGAUUAAGAUGGAGGAUCUUCCAGAGGAGCUCAAGAACAAGAAGCCAGUGAAUCCAAACAUUCCAUACGCCAAAGGAGGACUCGAGGACAGCGAGGCUGACCCUAACAGCGACGACGAGCAAGAAAAGAAACAGUCUCUGGAAGAAGUCCUGAAUCCGUUCCUCGACAGAAAAGGCGCCAUGUUUGGAGCAGUCCUCAUGGCAGCCACUCUAGUAACAGUGCUUGCUCUUAAUGCAGCUUCCACAGGCACGCACGAGCGCCCCGUCUUCUGGGUUACUCUACCCGCUGCAUUCAUCAUGCUCUGCUUCGACCUUAUAAUGGGCUGGCUUAACCGAAAAGAAACACGAAGAAUCGCCCACGAAGGUCGGCAAAGAAUGGAGACCGCACUCGCAGAAAGAGAAGAAGCAAGAAGAAUGUCUGUCGCACAAGUGGAUCAGGAUGCAAUCACUCCACACCCCGUCCAACGAGAAAGCCAAGUCCUAGACGAAAAAGCGCAUUCAGCAGCAGACGACGCCAGCCACACCACAAGCGGAGAGCAACAAAUCACACCCUCCUCAUCCUCCGAGCCCAUGCCCCGGUCAGAAGAAAAACUCGAACCAACCAAAAAACCCGUCCCCACCACCCUCACCUCUCUCAUUCACGAUGCCUACGCAUGGGCCCAAGAAACCUUCCCCACGACAAUGACCGUAUUCCACCACCUCCCCCUCGCCCUUGUCCCUUUUGCCUUCUGCAUGUUCGUCCUCGUCCAAGCCCUUGUAACAAAAGGCUGGGUUCCCGUUUUCGCCCAUGGCUGGGAUCACUGGGUCGAGAAGACGGGCACAAUUGGUGCAAUUGGCGGUAUGGGGUUUGUUUCUGUUAUUUUGUGUAAUUUCGCAGGCACAAACAUCGGUACCACAAUCCUCAUCUCCCGCGUCAUACAAGCUUGGGAAGAAAUCCAUCGACAAAACGGUCGACCGAUUUCCGAUCGCACCUUUUGGGGCACUAUAUACAGCAUGGCCAUCGGUGUAAACUAUGGCGCCUUCAGUCUCGCCUUCAGCGCCUCCCUCGCCGGCAUGCUCUGGCGCGACAUCCUCGGCCGCAAACACAUUCGCGUCGGCGGCCUCGAAUUCGCCCGCGUCAACCUGCCCAUUAUCGCCAUUACCAUGGUCGUCGGACUUGUCGUGCUAAUUGGUGAGAUUUAUAUCAUCAGGGAUAAUAAGCCGUAUUCGCUUGGUUGA